UUGGAGGAGAUGAUGGCGAUGAGGUCGGAGCCGGCUUCCCCCCGGAGUAAAGCUGAGGCCGGGGAGCGCAAUGGUUAUGUGAGGGGCUGUGUGAGCCCGCUCGGCCGGGACCAGGGCUGCCCUGUGUGGGGCAGGCUGUUGUGGAGCGCCCGGCUGCUCUCCUCCGCCGCCUGCCUCGGCUCCUUCUCUUUGCUGCUGGCCGUCUUCCUGAGGUGGGGAGACGGGGUGGUGAGCGGCCAGCUCUCCCCUUCCUCCAGCUCCGGGCUGCUGACCCUGCUGCACUGCGCCCUGCCCCUCUUCAGCCUGCUGAGCGCUUUCUUCUGGCUCGGCUUGUACCUGAUCCGCUGCGGCAGAGGCGAGCUGGCCCCCCGGCUGCUGGCCGCCUGCUGCCUGGGCGAGACCCUGCUGCAAGCCUCGCUGGUGGGCGAGGAGCAGCUGCUGUCGGUGCCGGCCAGCGCCGUGCUGCUCAGCUGCCUGGCCGCCGCCACUCUGCUGCUGCUCCGAGUCAGCCAGGGAGUCUGCACCAUCAUCUUCACCAGCCUGCUGAGGACUAUCUCCCUCCUGUCCCUGGACAGGGUCCGCGCCAGCUGGAGACCCUUCCUGGCUUACUUGAUGGGCAUUUUGGGCAUCCUGCUGGCCAGAUACGCCGUGCACAUCCUGCCCGGCACCGUGCAGGCGGCUGGGACGGAGGAGAAGAUCCCAGUAAUCAAGAGAAGGAGGAGAUCCAGUUCAGUCAUUGCCGCCGAGAUUUCCAACAGUCAACUGGGCUCCAAACCCCACAGGAGGACAUCCCUCCCGUGCAUUCAGAGGGAACAGAUUCUGUCACACUCCGAAUGGGAUCAUAAGCGUGGCUACAGAGGUUCACAGUCUUCAGGCACAAGCGUCACUGUCGAUAUAGCUGUGAUGGGUGAGGCCCAUGGACUAAUUACAGACCUUCUGGCUGAUCCAUCCCUACCUCCCAAUGUCAGUACCUCCUUGAGGGCUGUCAGCAAUCUCCUCAGCACACAACUGACCUUCCAACCCAUCCACAAGCCAAGAAUAAACCCAUUAGUGUCAUUCAGUGAGUCCUACGCUGGCUCUGACUCCGAAGAAUGCCCAGGAGAGAAGCUCGCUAUCCCAAAGCGACUGAGGAGAAGCCUGCCUCCGGGACUAUUGAGACGGAUCUCGUCCACAUGGACAACCACAACUUCCGCCACUGGUCUGCCAACCAUGGAGCCUGGGCCUGUCAGGAGGGACCGCAGUGCAAGCAUCAAGCCCUCUCAUGAGGCACCAUCAGGCAGUUCUUUUAAUACAGAGUCUUGGAACAACAGCUGCUCCCCCUCAGUCUUGCUGACCAUUGCCAAAAGCAGAUCAUUCUCAGCCUCCUAUGCUGUUGCCACGAAUAACCACGUGAAUGCCAAAAGACAAUUGCGGCAAGGUUUCUCUACAAACAUCUCACCUCUCACCUCCCCGUGCCAUUCACCAAUCCAGGGGACUCCAGCCAGUAGUCCCACCAGCAAAACCUCUGCUGUUGAAUUCCCAGACACUGCAGAUAUACUGACCAAGCCAGGCCGCAAUCCACAUAAGCCCUUAACUUACACUCAGAGUGCACCGGACGUCGCAGGGCAGUACAGGAGCACGUGCAUUGUGUGUAGUAGCUGUGGACGACCAUUCAGCAAACUGACACAUUCAGACAGCACAGGGGAUCGAAUUGAUGCACCAGCACAUUCACUAAACAGGACCGAUGACCCUGCACAAGCAACAUCUGACUACGACAGCACCCAUGAAACAAAUAACAGCGACAGCAGUGACAUCACACAGAACGAUGACGAGCAGGAAUCUUGUUCAAAAGGAUUGGCGCAAUCCCUCAAAGAUCCUGAAUGCAGAAACUACAGGCCUGAAAGCCUUAUGUUGCACCAUUUGAUUCCAGCUGAGGAUAAACCAAUUCUUGCUCCAGAACCUCUGCUAUUGGAAGGCUUGGAGCCAUUAUUUACACAAAUGAACAACUGGAAUUUUCCCAUCUUUGAUCUUGUGGAGAUGACAGGCUCAAAAUGUGGCCGAAUCCUUAGCCAGGUGGCAUUCAAACUGUUUGAAGACACUGGACUUUUCGAGAUAUUUAAAAUCCCAUUAAAAGAGUUCAUGAACUACUUUCAUGCAUUAGAAAAUGGAUACAGAGAUAUCCCCUAUCACAAUCGCAUCCAUGCCACAGAUGUGUUGCACGCAGUAUGGUACCUCACCACACAGCCAGUCCCAGGACUCCAGACUACAAUGAGUGAUCAUGGCUCAAUGAGUGAUUCAGAUUCGGACAGCGGGAUCACACAUGGACACAUGGGAUACGCCAUAUCAAAAACUUACAGUGUGACUGAGGAUAGAUAUGGUUGUGUUAUUGCCAAUGUUCCUGCCUUGGAGUUGAUGGCCCUCUAUGUUGCUGCAGCCAUGCACGAUUACGAUCAUCCAGGAAGAACCAAUGCCUUUCUGGUGGCAACCAGUGCACCACAGGCUGUUCUGUACAAUGACCGUUCAGUGUUGGAAAACCACCAUGCAGCAUCAGCAUGGAACCUCUUCAUGUCACAGCAGGACUACAAUUUUUUGGUCAACUUAGACCAUGUUGAAUUCAAGAGAUUCCGAUUUCUUGUAAUCGAGGCCAUACUAGCUACAGAUCUUAAGAAACACUUUGACUUUCUUGCUGAAUUCAAUGCCAAGGUCAAUGAGGAGGUCGGACCGGGUAUUGACUGGGCCAAUGAAAAUGAUCGUUUGCUAGUUUGUCAAAUGUGUAUUAAGCUCGCUGACAUCAAUGGGCCGGCCAAAUGCAAGGAGCUGCACUUAAAAUGGACUGAAGGCAUUGUUAAUGAAUUUUAUGAGCAGGGUGAUGAGGAGUCAAGCCUUGGGCUUCCCAUUAGUCCAUUCAUGGACCGCUCAGCCCCUCAGCUGGCGAAGCUUCAGGAAUCCUUCAUCACACACAUUGUGGGGCCGCUAUGUAACUCCUACAAUUCAGCAGGGUUAAUACCAGGUAGAUGGGUAGAGGAUAACGAUGAAGAAGAGGAGGAGGAGGACGACGAGGAGGCCGAAACAACAGAAGAGGAAGGCACAGAAACCUUGGAAACAACAAGAGAGCGAUGCAGGAAGCGAAGAAAGGUCUUCUGCCAGAUUACACAGCACCUGAUGGAAAACCACGAAAUGUGGAAAAAGGUCAUUGAAGAAGAACAGAGGAAAGCAGAGCUCGAAAAACAAGAUCAGUCCUCCCUACAUCAAAGCUCAGAGACAAUCCAAGCAAUCACUGAGGAAGAAGAGGACAAGGAGGAGAAGAAUAAUGAAGAAUCUGAAGGGAAGCCCGACACACAAAUCAGUUUGAAUCUAAACACAACCAACGAGACAUUAGAAGAUGAUAAAAAUGACUGAAUUGUGCACCGACUUCUUAUUUUGUUCCCAGCACAAUACUAUGACACAAUACUGUAGAUGUUUAGGACAAUGUGCCUACAGCUGUGAUGGUGUAAUGUUGCCAUGAGGCAGAAGAUCAGGACUAAAUAAAUCUUCUCAUCAAGGAAGCUUCUGAAUUGCACCACUGGCUGAAUUAGACUUUAAACACUCAAUGGCUACCAGUAGGAUUAUGGUGCACCUCUUCGUUGACAUAACUUGUUUAAUAAUGCUUGAUGCACACAUAUGUAAAAAGAAACACACUGACUUGUUUUCUGACCACAUUGGGCAUCGAAUGAAGGAGGACGUACUUCUGAAGCUUAAACAUUACAGAAAAUACUGCGGUACUAAGUCUGUAGCUUUUGCUCUCCUAUUGAGUGAAAGUUGAAAGCUUUAUCAGAGUUCUGACAUGGCCUGCCAAUAUCUUUUGUGUACAUAACCUUGUAGCUCACCAGCUUUGUAUAAGCAAUCUCUCUAAGUGUAGCUGUAGUACUUGUACAUUGCGAAAAUGAACAUGAACAAAUGUUUUAGGAAAAGACUGGCAGACACAUGAAGGGCCAUUUCACUUUAUAAAAGGUACAUGCUACAAGCCAAACUCCUAGUCAAGGAUUUAUAUCCAUUUUGAAUAUUUUUAUUGUUUAUUUACAUUCAAUGAUAAUUACUUGCAAAAGACAACAGUUUAUUGUAGAUAUAAAGAACAUUUUCUAUUGGCUUCUGUAAAUAGCAAACUCUCAAACCAAUUUUGUGAUUUUUGUAAAGAUGAUUAUGAAAACUUCACAUUUAAAAAAAAUUCUUAUUGUACUGCCA